AUGUAAUUAUCUUAUGAUGAAUUAUGCUAGAAUAAAUUGUUAGCUUUUACUAUAUUUUCUAAAGUAAAAGCCCCUUAUCCAUUGAUUGAAGUAUAAUACAAGUUUAAAAAAGCAAGGUGAUACAGCUGAAUUUAAAUUGGCAUUACAAGAUCACAGAUCAAGAGUUUCAACAACGCUCUAUUGCUCAGUAUUAUCCACAUUUACUUUUUGCUUAAUUUUGAAAAUGAGGAAUCCUAUUUAUGCAUUGACUGCAAGGUAAAUAUCAUUUUAUAAAAUAAGAUCAUCAUUUUUUGGAGUGUUAAAGAAAUACUAUUUUGUUCCUGUUUUGUUGUCACAACCAUUCUAAACUUAAAAUAAGCAGCUUUAUGAUGAAAAAGUGAAUAAAAUAUUGAAAAAAUAUGAUUUCACUACUCCUGAAUUUCAAUAGGCCUUUAAACAGAUUGAAGCUGAUGGAGGCUUAAAGAAAUUUAUGAAAAAGUACCUUACAGAAAAGGAUGAAGAACCGUAACAACCAGUCUAACAAACAUAAUAAUGAGAAAUAUAAAUUUAUUUUAUUAAUGUAAUUUUCA